UCAUGCUCAAACUUCAAACAGUGCAUUGUUGCACUGCAGUUAUCAGCUGCUUCUUUUCUCAGCUAAGUGAGCAGAUUAGGAUUGUGCGAUUAUGACAGCUAUAUAAGACUGGUAUCAUGAACAAAGAACCAUUCUUUUGAAUCUCAUUUUUUUAGAUAUUUUUGAAGAUAUCACCAACAGUUUGGGAAGAUGGCAGCUCUGAAAGUAUUGCUCUUCAUCGCCUUUGUAGCUUUCAUCCAGACAACCAUGGUGGAGAGCUGCAGGAAUUACUACGAUGGAUGCGGAGGUUGUGGAGGCUGUUAUGGUGGAUGUUAUGGCGGAUAUGGAGGUUAUGGUUGCGGUUAUGGUUAUGGAUGUGGAUGCGGAUGCGGAGGAGGUUACGGAUGCGGAUGUUAUAGGCGAUGUUGCUGUUGAUGGAAACAAUCCAUUAUUUUAUUAAAAUUAACCGGAAAGAUCAAUGCAGGCCUAUAGGAAUGACCACUGAUCAAAUCGUUAGUAGGGCUUACAGUCAAGCACAGUACUGUUCAUGAUUUGAGAUUAUUCCAGUUGUUAUGUUUUAUACUUAAUAAACGUGUCUAAUGACAAAAA